AUGACAAAGUUAUACGGAGGUGCCAUAAAAUGUGACUUGCCAGAGACUGCUAUCGAUGUAUCUGACUUCAGGGAAGUUCCUGACACGCAGGAGGUUUUUAUUCUCGAAAGACCCGAUGGGCUCGACCGUUCGAUCAUCAUCGACCUCUUGGAGAUGGUAAAUGCGGAUUCUCUUCCAGAAAUCAUUACAAUUCAUUUGGAAGAUAUCCUAGAAGGACCACCACUAUUCAUUGCGCCAUUGGAAAGCUCUAAAACUUUGGUGGGUGAUUUUGAUGUACAUUUUUUCCUCAUCAAGCCCCCUGCUACAAAGCAAGAAACCGAAAAGAAUAAACUCUUUAUGUUCCUAGGCCUUAUCAGGUUGAACGAAAACAAAACCGACGUUCUUCUCACAUUCAACGUUCCGCUUAGCAUUGGUGAAGUUUCUGCAGAGGUGUUCUACAGGGAAGUGGAGGGUAUCAAUCAUGAAGAGAGCGAGUUGAGUCUAUGCUACCAGCAGCUCAAGCACUGGGCCACAUCAUUCGAAGUCCAAGAUUGGGCACUUUUUAAGUAG